GUCACCUGGGAUAUCGCUCUUGGAUCUUUAGCGCUCUGUGUCAAGUUCCACCGUGACUUUCUGGCCCCACUCAGUCCCGUAUGCGCGGACGAAUUCUUGAACCUCGCACAGCAUUCCGUAUCAUACGAGGACCUUGAGGUGUCACAACGGGAUAUACUUUCUGCUUGCGGUUUCAGUCUCGGCAGCAUCACACCACAAGGUUACAUGGAUGAACUCUGGUUAGCUUUACCUACGCUACGGAAGGUUACAGCACUUCUGAAGAAUGGCUGGGAGUCGGUACAAGUUGAAACAUGGGAUAGGCUGUUUGAUACCUUGAUAGAACCUGACUUUCUACAGUUUCCUGUAUCGCUGCUGACGGCCUCUGCCCUGCUCGACGGUCUCAUCAUCGCCAUCGCUCGCCAUUACAAAGCUGAAGCAGAUCUGGAUGCAUGGCGUUUCCAACGGAACUCGUACUGUCGUUGCCCGGCCCCGUCAUUUUGCACACCAGAUAACGCAACCAAGGCAGUUCCCUGGGAGGCGUAUGUAUGCGAGGCGAUGAGUACUGUGCAGCAUGUCGUUCUGGAUGUUCUGGAUGUGCUUCAAAUACGCGACGACGAUUUGGAGCAAUGUAGAACAUGGAUGAGCCUUGUUGGAUGCGAAUAGUCCUCGGUUUGUUAUGCCCCUCACCUUCCUCGCGUCCAGUACCCUGCGUCACAUGAUGAAUCCUGUUGCUUGCAAUCCUUGUGAAAUCUCUCAUGUUUUUCCAAUGUUUUUUCAGUAUACCUUCCUAAUUUGCAG